AUGACCAGUGUUCUCCGUUAUUCUUAUUGUUGGCGCUGGAAUCCCUUAACAAUGAGAGCAGCAGCUCGACCAUUGCUCCAAUUUCGUCGACGGCCGCAAUUAAUUAUUUUGACAGAGUAUUCUUAUAGUCAGUCGACCGCUUCGCAAUCAACUCACGACGUUCGCGAAGUGUGUACUACGGGAUACUCCUUCAAGACAGCUGCCGGUCGCGUGUCUAAAUAUGGUGUGUACUGGGGUAGGGAUAACCCCAACAAUUCGAUAUGUGAAAUCCCUGGUAUAACGCAUGUGGCUGCUAUGCUAAUGGCUAUGAUAGACGCUGUCCGCGUUGCCAAGAAAGAUGACAAUGGUCAGAAAUUGGUCGUGUAUACAGAUUUUAACUGCCCGCCUGGUUUCCGUAACAAGUUGAAGACAUACGCGGCGAGAGAUUUUCACUCCUUUAGCGGGUGGAAGAUGAAGAAUGCUGUCCUUUUGAAGGAGUUGUACGAACUGACCAAAGACAUGAAUGUCUCCUUUAGACAUAGACCAGCAGUAAUGGACAGAAAGCCAAACUACGUUAUGGCGAAUAUUCUGGAAGAUGACGCGGACGGAAGAACGCCGAGUACAUCCUCUGAAGACUGGCCUAACGUCUACACUAUGGCUAUGUUCAAAUCAACCAGAAACGGAUUUACUGCCGCGUCCUUUGCUACAGUAUGGUCGGAUAAGCGAUAUGGAUGUGAUACAAUGCAACGUUUGGCAAUGGUACCAGCAACUCUUUUUCGAGCGCAGUUGGCUGCCAUUGAAGAAGCGCUCAAGCAAGCUGUUGACAACUGUUUGCCUCGCAUUGUUGUGGUAACUGACUCGCAGGUUUUCAUUCUUAGUUGGAGAAAUGGAUGGUUGAAAGCAAAUGGAUCCCCAGUCUCUAACAAAUUUCUCUACGAUCGCAUCCGAGACCUUGUCCACGCUGGCACUGAGGUUCGUUUUCGCUACCAAACCCCUGAGAAGGAUAGCGUGGAGUGGUCAUCGGCCAUUGAUAAGUGUUUCGAAUCCAUCGAUCUACCCAUUGUAGGCAAAGAUCGUUCGGAAUACAACAGAGACAUAUCAGAGCUGCUCGUCGAGAAAAAUUCGUUGGACGACUCCUGCAUGCAAAAAGUAAGAAUCUUCAAGAAUGGAACGAACUUCCACAGCGGUUUCGUCUGGGAAUCGAAUGGAAAGUUCCAUGAAAACGUAGUUAGAGUGGAAAAGAGAGUCUACCAUUACCUCCUAGACGUUCUUGAAAAGGCAUCUUCCUUGGGUCUUCACGAUCUCGUUAUUCGAACCGACUCCGUGCGGUUAGUGCUAUCAGCAGAGAACUGGCUUCCAAUAUGGCAUCGGAAUGGUUGGCGAAAUUCAUUGCACAAACCGAUUGCAGACUCUGACAUCUGGAAAAGAAUCUGGUCCUUGAAAAGAACCGUUAAGGUGUACUGGGAACUUAUGGAUCCUCCUGACGACAGCGAUAGAGAAGCUGCCAAGCAUUUGUCUCCAAAAGAGAAAACCCCUUAA